AAACGGAACAGAAGCCACCUUCAGAAAGAGCAACAGAGAUGUGUGACCCUGCAGAUGCAAAGUCCCCUGAGCUAUCAGGAUUGGAUGAGGAUGCACUGAUGCCCUCUGGCUGGAGCCUUGGAAACCAAAGAAGCUGGAGUUCCAGGAGCUUUCCAGCUCUCUGGCUGAGACGCCUGGGCUUCCCGUUGCUCCUGGCCUUCUUUGUCCUCACCUUCAUCCUCAGCAUCAUUAACCUGACCCGAGUCUUCCAGAAUCAAAGACAGUCUAACUUGGAGCAGGAAGUGGUCCAGAAGAAAUUGAACCAGCUCUCUGCCCAGCUGAAAGAUGGUUGGGUUGGGGCCAGGGUUUGGAGGACAGAUGCCUGGGUUGAAUGGGAAAAAAGAUCACCAGACUUGAGGACCAAGGAUCAGCCUGAAGCAUCACAGUUCAUUGAACAACUGAACAAAACCCUGAACUCGAAGACCAACAAUCAACUUGAAGCUUCAAAGUUCACUGAACAACUGAACAAAACCCUGAGUGCCCUUUGCCGCCCAUGUCCCUGUGAGUGGAAGUUCUAUAAAGAUAGCUGUUACUACUUUUCUGUGGCCCAAACAUCAUGGGAGACAGCCAAAGAGGCAUGUGAGGCAGAUGGUACUAACCUGGCCAUCAUCAGCUCUUCUGAGGAGCAGAACUACCUGAAGCUGAACUUGGAUUCCAAUCGCAGACCACGGUGGAUUGGACUCAGUGACAAAAAGAAAGAGGGCACCUGGCACUGGGUGGAUGGAACAGCUCUUGGGCAGUCCUUUUGGAAUAAGGGAGAACCCAACAAUGCUGGUGAUGAGGACUGCUGUGAGCUGAUGCCUAAUGGCUGGAAUGAUGCACCUUGUAACAAAGAGAACUACUGGAUUUGUGAGAGAAAAGCUUCCCCUUGUCCCAUGCUCUGAGGAGCUCCAAGGAUUGUGGGUGCUGAGCUGGGAAGCAGUGCUGACUACAUCUGGAUAGAAGAGAAGAGUAGAUGGGACUGGGAGCUAGAACUCCUGGGUUAGCCCCCAAGCUAGUCUACCCUCUCCACACUCCUGUAUCUCAGUUUUGUGAGUCCUGGCCCCCCGUUUUCUGUCAUGAAGGCCAAAGUUCCCUCAGAUCCCUCAAAUAAACUCUUCCCCUGACACUAUCUCCCAUACUAAUCUCCAUGGCUUUGGCUGUGACCUCUACAUAGCUGAUUCCCAGGUCUACCUCUCUUGAGUUCUCCUUUAAGUUUUGAACUCCAGGCAUCUAUCUGUCCCUGCCUGGACGUCUCGUUUCAUUAUAAUAAACAAUUCCUUCCCCA